AUGGACAGCAACGUCGAAACUGCUAUCCGGGGCUGCGACAUAUGCCAAACAGCGGACAAGUCCGCGAAGACGGCACCUGCUCCACUCACUCCUGUGAAACUUCCAGAGGAACCUUGGGAAAAAGUCAGCAUGGACGUUGUUGGUCCUUUUGAAAAGGCCCCACAGAACUGCCGGUACAUGAUCACCUUGAUAGACUACCAUAGUCGGUGGCCCGAAGUGUGCUUUUCGAAUACAGUCACAACUUCAACUGUUAUCGGGUUUCUGCGCCAAAUCUUCAGCAGGGAAGGUCAUCCCGUUGAAAUUGUGACUGAUAACGGCUGCCAAUUCAUUUCCCACGAGUUUCGUGCUUUUCUCCAAGAACGAGGAAUUCGCCACAUACGCUCCUCAGUCUACCAUCCACAAGGAAAUGGUAUGAUCGAGAGGUUCAACAAGGUACUAAAAAGUUUCGUUCAAGUGGCACAGUUAGAGAACCGUCCAAUCAAAGAGGCCGUACUGGAAUACAUCGGGGUGUAUCGUGCUACACCUCACGCGUCAACGGGACUAGCCCCAGCUUUUCUGUUACAUGGAAGAGACAUACGAACACGACUAAAUACCAUCGGUUUUCCAACACGAAAAUUUUUGACCGAGCCAGCAUCGGAAAUUAGUCGCCUCCGAGAGAGAAUUGAGAAGAAACAAGCCCGUCUUAAAGCUUACAUUGAUGAGAAAAGAAGCGCAAAGCAACAACACCUCGAACCAGGGGACUUUGUGCGUGUCAAGCUUCCUGGACACAUCUACAAAGGUCAACUCCGGUACUCCGAACCGAGGAAGAUCAUCAAAAAACGGAGCAACAAUUCGUUCCUUCUAGACGAUAACAGAAUUUGGAACAGCAGCAAGCUUUCUAAGGUUCCGAAAGAAGCGUUGCCAAGACUACUCCGAAGGCCUACUUCCGGAUCGGAUGCAACACCAGUGGCUAUGUACUGGAACGUACCUUCGGAUGAAACUCCUCACCAGACUUCUCCAGACCCCAGUUGGCCGGAUGACAACGGAUCUGGAUCCGGGGCCGCCACAGCCCAGUCCAGGCAAGCUGACGACGAACCUGCUCAAAACUCUGCCACCACGAGCGGAACGACUCAGCAAACGAAGACGGACAAGGUGGACGUUCCUGCUCAGGGAAGUGCAGCUUAG